AUGGAUGUGCUAGUUUCACCACAAGGACAGAAGCAAAAUGUACAAACUUCAUUUCGCAAAUCUUCAUCAAUGAGUUCCCAGAAAGAUCUAUGGCUUAUAGUUCAUGAAGGGUCAUUGGCAGAUGUGGAUUCAGCACUGGCAAUGCUGAAGAGGAAUGGGGGGAACAUCAAUGGAAGAAACACAUUUGGUCUGACUCCUCUUCAUAUUGCAACCUGGAGAAAUCAUAUUCCUAUUGUAAGGCGGCUUCUGGCAGCUGGUGCUGAUCCUGAUGCUAGGGAUGGUGAAUCUGGAUGGAGCAGUCUUCACAGAGCUUUACAUUUUGGUCAUCUUGCAGUGGCAUGUAUCCUUCUCCAGUGUGGUGCCUCUAUCACGCUGGAGGACUCCAAGUGUAGAACACCAAUAGAUCUUCUAUCUGGACCUGUAUUGCAGGCUGUGGGAGGGGAACCUACCUCAGUUGCCACAGAGUUAUUUAGUUGGGGUAGUGGCACAAACUACCAACUUGGUACUGGCAACGAGCACAUCCAAAAGCUUCCAUGUAAAAUAGAUUCUCUUCAUGGUUCUUUUAUCAAGUUGGUUUCUGCUUCCAAGUUUCAUAGUGUAGCUGUAAGUGCCCAUGGACAAGUCUAUACCUGGGGUUUUGGAAGGGGAGGCAGGCUUGGACACCCUGACUUCGAUAUUCACAGUGGUCAAGCUGCGGUUAUCACCCCCCGGCAGGUGAUUUUUGGUUUAGGUUCCCGCCGUGUAAGAGCAAUUGCUGCUGCCAAACAUCACACGGUUAUUGCCACAGAGGGUGGUGAAGUAUUCACCUGGGGAUCUAAUAGAGAGGGUCAACUUGGUUACACUUCUGUUGAUACCCAACCCACACCUCGCAGAGUUAGUUCUCUGAGGUCUAAAAUUGUUGAUGUUGCUGCCGCAAACAAACACACUGCUGUGGUUUCUGAGUCUGGUGAAAUUUUUACGUGGGGCUGCAAUAGGGAAGGUCAACUCGGUUAUGGCACCUCUAACUCAGCUUCUAAUUACACUCCUAGAGUGGUUGAAUACUUGAAGGGAAAGGUCUUUGCUCGAGUGACUGCAGCUAAAUUUCACACAAUAUGUUUAGGGGUUGAUGGAGAGGUUUACACUUGGGGACAUAGGCUUGUUACUCCGAGGCGUGUUGUAAUUGCCAGAAAUUUGAAGAAAAGUGGGAACACCCCACUAAAGUUUCAUAGAAUGAAACGGCUUCAUGUGGUUAACAUUGCUGCGGGGAUGGUUCAUAGCAUGGCUCUCACCGAUGAUGGUGCUGUAUUCUAUUGGGAUUCCUCGGAUGCUGAUCUUAGAUGCCAACAACUAUAUUCACUUUGUGGAAGAGAUGUUGUCAGCAUUUCGGCAGGAAAAUACUGGAUUGCUGCUGUUACAUCUAUUGGUGAUGUAUUCAUGUGCGAUGGGAAGAAUGGCAAGUAUAAGCCACCAGUUGCAACACGUUUGCAUGGGAUAAAGAGGGCUACGUCAGUGUCAGUUGGUGAAACACAUUUACUGAUUGUUGGUUCUCUCUAUCAUCCUGCUUAUCAUUUCAACGGGAACAAGAUUUCAAAGAAUCAUGUUUCCAAUGGUACAGAUGAACUAGAUGAGUUUCAUGAAGAUUUGAUGUUUCAUGAUAUUGAUUCUGCUAUUCAUUCAUCUACUUCCCCAAAAGUUGCCACUGAACUGCGUUGUGUACCUAGCUUGAAAAGUCUCUGCGAAAAAGUGGCUGCAGAGAGUUUAGUGGAACCACGGAAUGCUAUUCAACUGCUUGAAAUUGCAGAUUCACUCGAGGCUCAUGAUUUGAGAAAGCACUGUGAGGACAUAGCUAUUCGGAACCUUGACUAUAUUUUUACAGUGGCAUCACAAGCUAUUGCAAAUGCUUCUCCAGAUGUUAUGGCUAAGCUUGAGAAGUUGUUAGACCUAAAGUCAUCUGAGCCAUGGAGCUAUCGUCGUCUCCCAACUGCAACUGCUACUUUGCCUGUCAUUAUUAACAGUGAAGAGGAGGAUAGUGAGAAUGAGAUUUUAAGGUCCCGAGGGAAUCGUUUGAUGAGUAACACGACAAAAGAAAUGGAACAAAGAUCAGAUUCUUUUUUCCAGAAAGAUAAUCAAAAUGAAGCCAUUUCCAAACAAAUCCGUGCAUUGCGGAAAAAGUUGCAGCAAAUUGAGAUGCUUGAAUCAAAACAGUCCUGUGGAUAUCUCCUUGAUGAACAACAAAUUGCAAAGCUCCAAACAAAGUCUGCCCUUGAAAGUUCACUUCUGGAUCUUGGUAUUCCUGUGGAUAACCUACUGGCAAAACCAUCUUCAAUUGCUCCAGAUGACAAAGGAAAUAAAAACACCGUGGCAUCAAAAAAACAUAGGAGGAACAACAAAUGCAAACCAGAACCCUUGGAAACUUCAGCUGGUUUUACCAAAUCUGCUGUAGAACCAGAUUGUAUGGAAGAGUUCCGUGUCGCUGAAAUGCCUUCAGUUUCCAAGAAUAAGGGAGACAACGCCAUCUUCAAAGAAACAGCUUACAAUACGAAUACUCUCGAGUCAUCCCCUUGUAUUUCGAAGAAAAGCAAUUCAAGUUUGUUGAAAGAUGCAGACUUGUUGAAGGAUAGAAAUUCAUAUCCAACAGCUAUGAAGAAGAAGAAGAAUAGGAAGGGUGGGCUGUCGAUGUUCUUGAGUGGCGCUCUUGAUGAUAUGAACAAAGAUGUAGCUACACCUGCACCCCCACCACUGCCUAAAAUAGAAGGUCCAGCCUGGGGUGGGGCUAAGGUUGCCAAGGGAUCUACAACACUGCGUGAAAUUCAGGAUGAGCAGCGUAAAACCAUAGGGAAGCAGAUGAAAGAGAGCAAAGAUCAGGCUGAUCUCUUGGAUUGUAAAAGUGAAGGGAAAAUCCGGUUAGCUUCAUUUCUGUCUUCCAAGCCAAUACCUGUGGUCCCAGCUCAAGCCUUUCAAGUAACUGAUGGAGAAAGAAACACUCCUCCCUGGUCUGCAUCCGGCACUCCUCCCCCUUCUCGGCCAUCUCUCAGGGACAUCCAGAUGCAGCAGAAAGGAAAACAACAGGUACUAUCGAAUAGUCCAAAGGUGAGAACAGCUGGCUUUUCAAUUACUUCUGGUCAAGGCUCUCCAUCAGAUUCCAGCGGAAUAAACCGCUGGUUCAAACCCGAAGUUGACGCACCAUCUUCAAUUCGUUCAAUUCAAAUUGAGGAGAAGGCUAUAAAGGACCUGAAGCGUUUCUACAGCAAUGUUAAGAUUGUGAAGAACCCAUCUUGA